CGGGGGCGCGGCACGGGUGGCGGCGUCGCAGCUCGGGCGGGCGGCGGCAGCGGGGCCGGGAGACUCUUCCCGCCGGGGAUGCGGCUCCCCGGGGGCCGCGCCGCACGCUCCCGCCCUCCGCCCGCCGUCGACCGGGCGCCGUGCGGAGCCUCCGCCUCCCCGCAGCGGUCUCCCCCGCGGCGGGGCCGCCGCCGCCGCCGCCCCGCAUGGCCAGAGCGAGCCGGCCGGGGCGCGCUGGAACAGCCCACGGCCCCGGGGGCGCGGGGCGUCGGGCUGAGGGCGGGCGGACGAGGCCGGCGGCCCCGGGGCCCCGCCGGGGGAUGACUCAGAGCCGUGGCCCCUGCAGCGAAGCCGCCGCGCCGGGCUCCGCGCAGCGCCGCCCCAUGCCCGCGCCCCCCGCCCGGGGCCGCCCGCCGCCCGCCGCGCCCGCCGCGCCGCGCACCGGAUGAUGCCCCCGCGGGGGGCGGCGGGCUCCUGCCGCCGGCGGCGCCUGGCGCCCCUCAACGAGGAUAACGGGCGGUUCCUGCUGCUGGCCGCCCUCAUCGCGGCGUACCUGAGCGCCGGCGCCACCGUCUUUUCGGCCCUCGAGAGCCCGUCGGAGGCGGCGGCGCAGCUCCGCUGGAACCGGACCCUCCACAACUUCAGCCGCAUCUUCAACAUCAGCCUGCCGGAGCUGCGCGCCUUCUUGCGGAGCUACGAGGCGGCCAUGGCCGCGGGCAUCCGCGUCGACGCCCUGCGGCCCCGCUGGGACUUCCCCGGCGCCUUCUACUUCGUGGGCACCGUCGUCUCCACCAUAGGAUUUGGAAUGACCACACCAGCAACCGUGGCUGGAAAAGUAUUCCUCAUCGUUUAUGGCCUUUUUGGGUGUGCUGGGACUAUCCUUUUCUUCAACCUCUUCUUGGAACGCAUUAUCUCUCUCCUGGCGUUUAUCAUGAAGGCGUGCCAUGAAAGACAACUGAGAAGAAGUGGUCUCCUACCUCCCAACUUCCGAAGGGGGCCAGCUAUGUCUGGGGUGGGCAGUCUUGUGGGCUGGAAGCCUUCCGUUUACCAUGUGAUGCUGAUCCUGGGAAUUUUUGCUAUUACCCUUUCCUGCUGUGCCUCCGCAAUGUACACAGCAGUGGAAGGAUGGAAUUAUAUUGACUCCUUGUACUAUUGCUUUGUCACCUUCAGCACCAUCGGGUUUGGAGAUUUGGUAAGCAGCCAAAAUGCUGCGUACCAAAAUCAGGGAUUAUACAGAUUCGGAAACUUCAUAUUUAUAUUAAUGGGGGUAUGUUGCAUAUACUCUCUUUUUAAUGUCAUCUCAAUCGUAAUCAAGCAAGUUUUGAACUGGGUCUUGAAAAAAUUUGAAUGCAGAUGUUGCCCAAAGUGCCAUAAAUCAAGUGCCCGCCUUGGACGUCGCAACGCCAUCACCCCAGGAGCCCGCCUGCGUCGACACAACAUCUCAAUGGACGCUGAUGGACAGUAUGACAGCGAUACCGAGGGGAGGAGGCUCUCUGGAGAGAUGAUCUCCAUGAGGGAGCUCACAGCAUCCAAUAAAGUCUCCCUGGCCAUUUUGCAAAAGCAGUUGUCUGAGACAGCCAACGGCUACCCAAGGAAUGUUUGUAUCAACACAAGACAAAACGGUUUCUCUGCAGGGGUGGGUGCUCUGGCCAUCAUGAACAACCGCUUGGCAGAAACGAGUGAUUCUAGGUAGAGUUUUUGAAAUUCCUUUUGUUUCUUUAAUAAAAAUGAAAAAGGGGUUAGGGUGGAAUUAUCACUGUAAGCUACUGGGAAGUUUUCAUUUCAGAGACAGCUUUGGUAUUCCUUGGGUGUUCAGUUGGGGGUUUUGUAAGUCUUCUCUAAUAUGCAGUAACAUCUUUACCAUAAUGCUACAAUUUUCCUCAAAGGGGUUUUUGGAAGAAACUUGGAUGUCUUUGAUGCAGUAUCUGAUGCAGUUAUAGAAGGAUGGUGUUCGUGGUUAAGAUGCUGUCAAAACCAAGAUGAUGUUCUUCAGAACAUAGCCUGAGCCCAAACUCUUUGUUAAUGCAUAAAGGGGGCAAGUUUGUCUCCAGAUUCAAACUUGGGGUUAAAAAGGUUUGGCUAAACCAAUAUCUCACAGUUUGUUGAAGUCUGGAUCCGGCCCUGAAUUUUGUACCCAAUGCUCUUCAGCAAUUCCUCAUAAGAGGCCUGUAUAUAACAUACAUGUAGGUAACUGCAGUUACACCAGCUUUAGGGUGAUUGUGGUUCACUUGAAUAAUGCUGAUGACUUCAGUGAUGGAGGAUUGAAUGGGCGGAAUUCCCCUGAUUAUAAAUGAUGGGUUUUAGCCAUUCUUGUCUGAAACACUACCUGCUACCUAUCUCUUCAGGGGAUUAUCAAGAGAAUGUGCAAAACCAUUCCUACCUGGGGAAUAACUGAAAACAGGCAAUUGUCAACUUUAGUACUGACUUCAUUUGAUGCAAGAGAGGCCAGUAUGCACCUCUGGCGUCAAAUGUUUGCAUCACCACUGAAAUGCUUAUUUCAUUACUUUUACAUGAAAAUAAGUAGCUAAAAUUAAUGUAGAUUCUCUCUUGUCCUAAAUUUGCAUCUCCUAGUUCUGCAAUAUGGUUGCAGAGAUUCAUGCAAAUGAUUUCCUUGCCAUUCUUUGGGGGUCCCAACCCUGUACUUGUUUCCCACAAAUCUGACUGUGUAGGUUAUACAGAAGAGAAUUGCUUUGGAACUCCCCAGAUGCUUCCCCCAAAAAUGUUGGUACUGUCAUAAGUGGCUGUUACUACUGUCUUAAGUCAUAUUUAACCUGUGCUAGCCCAAACUGCUGAAGAAGCAGAAGCAAACCAGAAGUGUCUAGUUCAGCAUGACAAAUGGGUGCAAGGGAAUUGCCGCGAGUCUCUUUCAGAAAUAAAUGCACAGUUCUGGAUCAUUUCUCUAAAUUCUCUAUACUUUGCCACUCCUUUAAAGCUGUGAAUGUAAUAAAAAUGGUUCUGCUGAUUCCAGCAAAAUAAAAUAGGAAGUAAAACUUAGGCUUAACAUCUGAGAAGUGAAAAUGGCCUGCUCUUGAAAACUGGUUGGGAAAUUGUAGGCAAGACCAUGAGUACUAGGCAAGACCAUGAUCACUGAAUAAAUUGAAAAGGCUGAUGAAAACAAACUAGAAAUAUUAAAGACAUUUGAAAAUAUUUCCAUGAGAUUUUGUAUAGAUAUUUUACUCUGUUGUUUACUUACUUUACUUUGUUUUGCAUGGGUUUGGGGAGUCCAAACCCAUGCAAAGUCAUUUUUGCUUUCCUUGUAGAAGCACAAAACAUUUUGGAAUUUAACGUUGGAAAAGUAACUUUUAAGGUUUUGCAGACUUGAGCAUGCCAGCUGAAGUAUAGCAAUGAUUGUAUCUUUUGCCUGGAGGAGAAGGGAUCAGAGCAGCAGAUAAACCAUCACACGUGCAUCUGUAUCAUACUGGAAAUGUAGUCACAGCUUUUAUCAAGAUGCAUUUGGCCAGAAACACGCAAUGAUGUUUGUGUUCUGUUUCUAGCUGAUACAGGCUCAUGCUUAAGAGGACGUGGUAUUCAAGAGGCAUUAAUCUGACAGGAGCGUCUUUGGUGGCAGAGAGACCCCCUAAGGCCCAUGUGUCUGAGUGCCUGUUUGUUUGUCUCUGUGCUCCAUCUCAGAUGCUACAUUUGAGUGGCCCUUUGAAGAAGCAGGCAGAGAUCAAGGUGUUUGAUGAUCCUCAUUUGAAGCCCACUGAAGAAAGCAGAAUGUGUAGGGGCACGUUGUGGUCGGGGAAAGACUCAAAGACAGAGUGCAAAGACCCAGUUCAGGAAGGCCCUUUCCACAGACGCAGGAGACAUCUUUGGAGAUAGCAGAGGCAGGGAACCAAAAGAAUGGGAGUUGAUUUUUAAGUAAGUUAUUUUUAAAGAAUAAGCAUUGUAACUAUGAUUAGGAUCUGUUUAAAUCUUUGUAAAUUGUUUUCAAACUACCUAUUCCUGCCUGGGAAAUACAGUGAAAUAAUAGGAAAUUGAACAUACCUCCUCUGCUAUUUCUGUAUGUUUUCAGAGUCCAGUCAAAAGCAGACUGUUGUAAUAUGGCUUAAAUGUUUCUGAGUCUUUUUGGUACCAUUGGUCACAGUGGUGCAAUUACAGGACCCUUUGCAGUCCCAAUUGAGUCCAGGGCAAGCUGCAUUAGCUCCUAGAGCUGGGUUCCCCAAGUGAUUUGGGCACUAUGCACUUAGGUCUAAUGUUUCUUUACUCCUGAGAUCCUUGAUAAACUCCAUUCUGCUUCUCCUUAGCCUCAGAGACAUAUAAAGUACAUGCCUACACUUGUCUACCAGUGCCCCUAUUUCUUGCAGGGCAGAUAUCCCCAGAAGCUGACACAACUCAACCACAGGACCCCCAGCUCGUAUCUAAGCCCUGUAAAAAUGCCGAACCCACCUGGCUCAUCAAGGCCACGUUAUGAGAGGGUUCAGAGCAUGUUUACUGAGCUGGGCCUCACUCAGGAGCAUCUGACAAGGGGUGGCCUUACAGUAUCCUCAUUCUCAGUACCUGAAAUAUUUUUUCAAGGACACAUGAAAACCAAGCUCCAAAUCUCUACUCUUCUGCCUACAAGCACUGUCAGGGCUCCCAUGUGCAUGAGUAUAUGAGCCAAGAGGACAUAGGAGAUAUUUGAGAUCAGUCUUUCCCAGUCCUUCCUGCUUGCUCUUCAGAUUUUUUUUGGGUGACAACUCUCUUUAGACUUGCCAGACUUGGGCACCUAAUUCCUCUCUUUUAUUAUGUAUAAUCCAACUCAGGAUUCCCCAGGGCAGCCUGCUCCUUUUGUGAAUCACACCCUAAACACACUCCACUUUCACCAAGUGCAAUUCCUCCUGGUAUUUCAUUUUCAACAGACAAAGCAGAUAACUGCAAUACCUGGACACAGGCUGGAUGAAGCACAAGAAAUCAGAAGGAAACUGGAGGAACAGAGAAACCACUCUGCACUUUCUUUUCCCAAGGUAACUUGGGAGUUGUAUUACAUUCUUGAAAUGUUGGGGUUUUUUUCCCAGGUUUUAUUUUUGAACAGCCUUGAAAGAAUACCAUUUAAAGGUUCGUCUUCCCUGCCACAAGCCCCUCUGCACCAUCCUGCAGAACAGCAGCAGUGACUCCUAGCUGGCACAGACCAAGACAUCACAGUUGCCUGCUGAGAAACUGUAGAGGCAGCACAGGCAGGAGCGCAGACCUCGUGCCCCAAAUUGGUCUUUUACUGCCUGAGCCUGAGAAGAGCAUUCAGGAGCAGCAGAAAGCUGCAGGGCUUAGAACGUCUCUGUGAGCCAGCCCCUAGUAAGAGCAGUGAUUGCGCAGGUCUUAGCUGCUCAGACCUCCAGUAAGAAGGGAGGAGAUACCAUGUUCACUUGACCCAUGUGCUAGUACUUUGCAGUUGAGAAUUAAAAUGCAUAUGAAAAUAAGGGACAGUGACCAAGCAACAUCUUCGCUUUCCCCUGGAGCUCAGGGCAGAAUGGUUACAAGGACCAGUUUCUUGUUGAAACCUGUAGUGUUUGGCAAGUCACUACAUCUACUUCUUGGGGUUUGUGUGUGUGUCUUGGACGAAGUUUGGAGUCACACUGAGUUGUCAUCCUGUUCUCUUUGGUUUCUUCCCAUCUGCAAACACACUUCUCAUUUUGUGCAAAAUAAAUCAGAUAUUGCUUUUUAUUUCCUUGCAAUGCAAAGGAUGUCCUUCAGAUGAUACACAUGUUCAAAGAAGUAAUCUCAUCGACCUCAGUUGCAGAUGGAAGUUUCUGAAGGACGAGGCUGUAGUUUGCCUGCUUCCCUGCAGAAGAAAUGUUCCAUAAGUAACUCCCAUUACCGCUAGCAAGACAUAUAAAGAUACCUUAGGCAGUGGUUGGGGCCAUGCAGCAGGAGGCACAACUGAAAAAGUGGAAAGAAGAAAAUCUGUUAUAAAGCAUAUUUGUACCUCUGACGUGAUAAACUAAUUGCCAGCUCUAAUUGUAGCAAAAAUUACUGUUAGGAAACAGGAGAGAUAUAAGAAUCCCAUGAAAGCUCUGUCCCAUGCCAUGCUCAGGUUACCCAGAGAUGGAUGCACUGCACUGCUGCCAGUUGGUAUAGUGCUGGUGUCCCAGCACAGCUUCAGCCCCAGCCCAGUCUUUUCCUCCUCAGCUUUCUGCAGGUGAAAAUGUGGGUAUACUAUGCCCAUUUACACCAUUUACUGGUAUUUCAGUCAGACUUGCCUCUGAAAGGAGGAUUAGAGCAGCAGUGGAGGCCAUAUAUACCCAGGCAUGCAGGCUUAUACAAACCCGAUUGCCUAUGUAGGAUGAAUGUAUAUUUAUAUUGAAAUUAGCUGUAGCAAUGAGACUGGUCUCAAUGUUUUUGUUGCUCUAUCCUUUAACUUCAAAAAUAUUCAGUGGCUAAUUAUUGCAAAUAAUGUCAGAGCUAAUCUAAACAAAAUCAUACUUUGGUGAUUGCUAGCAAAUCUAUGGGUAUGGCUUCUGCUCUAAUUGGAUUACUAAUGUGCCUUUCCCAACCAACACGCGUUUUCAGUGUUGCAUUUAAAAAAUACAAUAAAUGUUAUGAAACAUAAUAAAUUCAAUUAGGGCAUAUUAAUACUUGACUCACACGAAAUAACUAAUGAAGUGUGUGUGGCACAUUGUACAACCAGUAUAAUUUUGGUUUUGUGAAUACAUCCAUACUUGAGCAUAUUCUGCUUUCAUGACUGCUCGUGCUAGGAAAACAGAAGCAUUAUAUUGUGGGAAAUGUAGGAAGGAAUGGCAAAUUCCACUGAGAUUUGACACAUAGGAUACGUAUAUUAGCUUAUAAGUGUUUCAUUAUGCAUUAUAAAUACAUUGUGUAGCAAUGGCACAGAGGAAGGACUACUUCAGUUUACAUGGCCACAGUCCAAUGCAGCUACCAAUAAAGACACAUGCCUUUUUUCUUACUCUUUUUAUUAAAUGGGUAACAUCCACCCUUUAAUAUACCUUUAAACCACCAAAAAAAUAAAAUAAAAAUGCAAUUGCCCUAAAUACUGCAUAGCCAAAAAGAGGAUUAGGCUCAAAUCCAAAUUUUGAACUCUCAGGAGCCAAAAUGGUAUAGUUUUGCUUUAAAGUGGGGCUGCAAACCUGCAGCCUUCCUAUGUAUUAUGUUUAGUCCUUUCUUGGGAAAGGAAGGAGACAGCAGGUAUGGGUACAUUCUAUACAGAGUGCCCGAUAGUCUGGCAAUCUAGCAUGAGAGGGAAAAAAAAGCUUUCGUUAAGGUACAGAAAGGGUCCUGUUCCCAAGGAAUGAAAAGCACGAGGAAAGGGAGCAGCUCAGAAGUGUUUUCCAGCAAAUCCAGCAGAAAUCCAAAGACUUGCUUUGCUCUCCACAUACACGUGCAUUGUGGCCCAUCACAGAAUGGUGAUACACUGUCACAGACCCACGUAGCUCAUGUUGUGCCACAGGCUUGGCUACCUCAUCCAGAACAUGGGGAGAAGUACUUUGUGAGACAGAGGGAGAAAGGAGAGGGACCACAUGCUUACACCCACCAUCUGCACUUCAUUCAGGAGGCAGAUGCUGUCAAAGGCUGAUUUUGGGAAGACAAUCACUCAGCUUCCUACUAGCAAAGCAGACACACUGAUACACUUUGGGUAUAUCAUAGGUAGAGCUUCCCAUGCCUCCAGGCCCCCAGUCCCAGGGCCAUGUCACCCCCAGGUGUGUCCCAGCCAGCUCCCAAGCCUGGGCUCAGCACGAGGAUGUAGGUAGCACGAGGAUUUGAAGUCGGGUAACAUCAUCAUCCCAGGUGUUUUCAGGAUUAGGCCCUCCAGCAGGUGAUGCUUAUCAGACUAUCUAAGAAAUACAGAGAUGUUCCCAUAAUCCCUUUGUACUUCGCAGACUGUAAGAGUACUUCUUGAAGCCAGUGAGUCAAUGCAAAAUUAAUACUUUUAUAAUAAUAUACAAUAAACAGUGUGAAAAAAAUUAACUGGUAUUUCUGACAAUGUGCAACUCAAACACCAAGCAUUUUCUCGGUGGCUGUAAUUUCCUAAUUUUUGCAUCAGUGAAUCAGUUUUAUUCCUUGCAAGUGAAAUUAUGUCCAGAAAUUUUUUGCUUACAGUAACAUCCAUGAGCUGUACAGUGCAAGAAUUCAGUUCCAGUCUUCUUGUAAAACCUCAGUAUCUGAAAGCACAGCAUCUCAAAACCAGGUUUAUGUUCUGUGUGUGUGUGUUCAUUGUUUAUUUAGAAAAACAAAAAAUGGUACAGAUUCUACAGAUACAGACACACACAUUUUUAGCUCAGUAGCAUAUACCUUGUUGUAUACUCUCUGCAAAAAUACUCAUUUCAAAUUUCAAGCCAAUUCAAAACACUUAAAUUCGUGAAUUUCAAUAUAUCUGCUCACAAGUAUUCCUAUUUAUUUUAUUUCAUUUGUUUUUAAAGGGACACAGCUUGGUAGAUACCUUUUGAGUUGGCAAUAUUAUCUCCUAUUACGUACAUAAAGAGUUUUACUUCUGCAGUUAAUUCCACUGGUUUUAGUAUUUGCUUACUUCUGUAUUUCACUAAGCAUGAAUUAUAAAAGGAAUGACCAGUUCUGUGCUGGUUUCUGGUUGGUAUCACAUUCCCAUUUUGCAGAAUGGCAGAAGUACUAACACCAGCAAAUUACCCAGCAAAUGUUCCCAGACACAGUAAAAUUAGACACUUUUCAGAAUAUUGAUUUGUAAAAUCUCAAUUACAAGUCUCAAUUACAUAUCAUAUUUGGAAUUAGCAGACUGAGUAGUUUUCCUACCAACAGAAAUCCUUGACAUGAACUCAGUGAAAGAUGCAAAAGAUCCAAUUUUAUGUAAAAAGACCUUCCUACUUUAUUUGCCCAUUUAAUCUAGUUUGUUUUAAAAAGAAUAGAGAAAGGCGAGAGAAAGCUAAAUAAAGCAGACUGACAUCAUAUUGAGCCUCUUUGAGAAGCACAGGGAAGUGCUGUCGCCUGUGCCAGACUGUUUCUGGCCACUUUUGAACCCCAGUUUGUUCCCAAAACUGGAGCAUUUGGGACCCAGGUGCAGUUAUCGACUCAUUCUACAUUCAGCCUUUGCAAUGGCAAAGCAGUAAUGUUUUGCUCCUACUUGCCUCAUGAAAUGGAUAAGGAGAUUUGUUUAGGCUUUUCUGUAUGAUGACAGCGUAUAUAAAUAUUACAAGAAGAAUCAAUUGCCAAGUCUGGUUAUAUUUGGUAAGAGAUCUUUAUCAGCAAAAAAGGGGGAAAUUGUCUUGCCAUCCUGCAAGUACAGUGAAGCAACAGAAGAAGUGGUGCUCUGACCAGACAGUAAAGUGCUAAAAUAUGUAAUUGAGCCCCAAAGCUCUGGGUUGUGCCACAAAAUUACCAUAGGGUUCAUUUCUAAUGCUCUCAAGGGAAGGCCUUGGUUUCUGACAGCACUGGGAUAGUCAAGGCUUAUAUUAUCUUCAUCUGUAUGAAAGCAAAAUGUAUUUUGAGGGCAUGCCUUGGUCUGAGUAGCACUGAGGAAUGGCGUUGCCUCCAUCCCCAAGUUUAAGCGCGCCCAUUGUCCAGAGACCAUGAAUUCUGGUCCAGUCCCCAUCAGCAAAUGGUCCUGCCUCGGGGUGUCUGUGGGUUUUGAAAGGUAGCUGAAUGUUCUGGCAACCUGCAUCUGCCUCCUUCGACCAAGCUACCCCAGGUGUGGGAUCCAUCCCACCGCCAGUCCCUGGUCUGCAGCCAGGGAAUGUACUGCCAGGAAAGUGGUGCAAGUCAUCAGCAAUGCGGUCAUAUCCCUGCCUUCUCAAUGGGCUAAAACCAUCAGAAAAUAUAGAGAUCAUUUUCUAUUUUAAUGAUCGAAAUGGUGUUGCCCAUUAUUCACAGCCUACACACAAGAUGUCACGGGUUUCAAUUUUCCUGUGCUGAUCAUUCAGUCUAUUUGACAGCUGACCUUCAAGUGGUCAUGGUUUUUCACAUAAAAAAAGCAAACAAAACCAAAAAAACCCACCCAAUAUCAGCAUAUCAGGAAAGCAAAAUAAUCUUAAACAAGGAAUUAAUGAUCUCACAUGCAAAAGCUGUGAGCAGAGCUGCCUCUAUCCAUAGCAGCCAGUUGCUUCUCCAGCAGUGGGAGAAGUUUGGGUUCAGGAGAGCAUCAGCUGGAUGUUUGGGGUGCUGGAUGUUGCCCUGUGAACAGCUGUGGCACCAAAAAUGGCACUUCCCAAGCAAGUUUCUGCAGCUGUUUCUACAUUUCUCAUCACUGGUACCGAAAUCAGAGGAUGCAGCAAGUCUUACACAAGCUCUUUACUGUCACCAGUGAAUAUGGGUAUUAGCCAGGGACUGUUGUAACAACCGAGAGGAAUUUCAGCUGAGUGCUGUUCAGAAAAAAUUACAUUUAGAAUCAUAGAAUAGUUUGGGUUGGAAGGGAACUUCAAAGGUCAUCUAGUCAGCUGUGGCAAAUCCCAGUGCCUGGCACCACUCAAUGUACUCCAUCAGAGUUGAACAAUACAGAAAUUACCUAAAUAAGCCAAAAGAGCCAAUAGGUUCUAGGAAGCAAAUGCUGUUCUUGCCUGAAUCUGGAGUAACUUAGUUGAAUUGCAGGUAGUACAUAGGCUAAUUAAAUAGAUGUAAUGACUUUUAAAUGCCUGCUAGAAGUCAAAAGGAGCUGCAUGUAUUUUUCCAGCACAAUUUUGGUUAUGUUUACCGAGCCAAGAAGUGAAAUAAGGAAAUGUAAGUUCCUGUAAAUCAUGGAUUAGGAAGCAGAGAUUUUCCUCUUUCAGAUGAUGCUUCCUAGCAAAACAUUGAACUGGAAUACAUUUCAAGAUUGAAAUCUAUUUAUAAACAAGUGGCAUUUUUAAAAACGCUUUAAUUCUGGGUUGGCAGGAACUUCGCCUCCAACACAUACCAUAAUUGUGAGGGCUUUUAACAAAUCAGUCCCACUUUUGAUGUCAGCUCAGGAUUUUUCCGCUAUACCAUCUUUGAAUGAAGAGGACUAAAAGCCAUAUACAAAGCCAAUUAAAUACAGAACACAUUUCUACUGGUACAUUAUAUCCAGUUUGCAAACAAAAAUGGGUAUUUUGGGCUUGGCACCCUUUCAUCCAUGGAAGCACGGUUACGGACCCGGGAGGCAGAGAGAUGCCUGGUGCGCAGCCGCAUUGUAGAGUGGUGCAGAGGCAUUGGCGGAGGAUGUGUAGAGCUGGUAGUUAAUGAGACUGCGGGAGAACCCACUGAUGGUGUUUGGGGAACAUUCCUGUGUGGUUUUAAUGCUGUGAUACACAACCGAGUCUGAAUUCUGUACAUCUGGGAGGAUGUCAAAUUCCAGGUGACGUUUGGAUUGUCUCGAUUAAGCUAUUACAAAGACUUUUGAAAUAAACAGGAGAAAAAAUUUUG